UGGGAACGUUUGGAUUCCCUUACAAUUCAUUUAUGAAUUCCGAUUAUUCUUACUCGUCUUUAUUACUGAAAUUAUACAAGAAUUCACUCUGGAUGAGUAAAAUCUAACAUUGUAAACCUUCAAUAUCCAGUUGUUAUACCCUGUACAAAUAUAGUAUUUUGUUGACUAUAUUUGGAUAUAAAAUGGAUUAGUGAAAUUGAAUGUUUUUUCUGGCUUUUCUGGCUUUUCUGGCUAACAACAGUUUGUUUUCAAACAAGAGUUGAAAAAUUCUCUGAGAAAAAAAUUUUUAGAAAAAAGAAACCCAAAUGUUUAAAAGACCAUUCAUUGUAUGCUAUAUUUGUGGUCGAGAAUUUGGCAGCGCUUCGAUUGGUAUUCAUGAACCACAAUGUUUAGAAAAAUGGCAUAAAAGAAAUAAUUUAUUACCAAAAUCUGAACGAUUAAAACCACCAAUUAAACCAAAAAAACUCUCUAUAAGUGGUAAUGGUGGCUAUCGUAUAGAUUUGCCAUCAGGAAAUACAAAAUUUGUAAGUAGUAUGAAUGAAGCAGCAGAAAUUGCAGCCUAUGCUAAUUUAGUACCAUGUCCUACAUGUGGCCGUACAUUUAAUCCUGAUCGAAUUGAUGUGCAUAAACGUAUAUGUAAAUCGGUAUCACAGAAUAAAAAUCAAACAGUCAAUACGAACAGUGUAAAAACCGCAGUCAAAUCAGACAAUUCAACUGUGAAUAGUCGAAAUCAAGUCAAUACUGAUAAAUUCAAGACAACUAACAAAAUUAUGUCCCCUCAACAACAACAACGAGAAGGCGGAGGAAUCACAGCAGAAUCAGAUCGACCUAAAGAAACAAUACCACGCAAACCAAUAACAGCAGUAUGUUAUAUAUGUGGACGUGAAUAUGGUACACGAUCAAUUGGUAUACAUGAACCGAAAUGUUUAGAAAAAUGGCAUAGACAAAAUAAUGAAUUACCGCCAGCAAUGCGACGUAAACCACCAGAACGACCAGUUGAUUUGCCAAUUAAAUCUUCCAAUAAUUAUGAUUUACAGAAAUAUAAUGAGCAAGCUAUGCAAUCUAGUAAAUCUUUAUUAGUUCCAUGUAGUAUUUGUAAUCGUACAUUUAAUCCGGAUAGAAUAGAAGUACAUGAAAGGAUUUGUAAGAAAAAUCAGAAAUAAUUUAUGAAAAUUAAAACAAAAAGCAGAUUUAAAAUCGAAUUUGCCGCCAUUUUAUUUUUUAAAGAUAAAAAUUCAGCAAUAAUUUCUUUCUUGGUUUGUUUGUUAUGUUUAUUUAUUUUUUAUUUUUGAUUUUACUCUCAUUUACUUUAAAUUUUCAUUAAUUUUUUGUUCAGUUGUCAAGAUUCUAUUUAUUUUUAUUUUUUUUGGUUACUAUAAACUAUUUGAUUUUAACAAAUAUGUAUUCAGUUCAUUUUCAAAUAAGUAAAAUGUAGUAACUGUUUUUAUGCCUCCCAGAAAAAAA